AUGUGUAUCCAAAAGUUGGAAGCACUUACUUAUGAUUCAUCUUUUGUUAAGCUACACCAAUCAAGAUCGCAUUCUCAACUAUUUAUCAUGAUGUACAAGGAUAGUUCCAUACAAGUCUAUACGCCUAAAUAUGAGUUCCAAGGCGGAGAAGCUCUUUAUAAAGUGACGAUUCCGUGGAGUCGAGUUGUUAUACUCAAGCCUAUCAAUGGUUUGUUUUCGUUUAUUGAUAUCCUUAAUGGUUUAUCUUGUGUCUACAACCUUGGGACUCGACAAGUUAUUCCAUGGGUUUCUAUACCAGUUCCACCAAAGACAGGGUCUCUGGUUACUGCGAUUCCAACUUAUGGUUUCGGUUUCGACCCUUCCACUGGUAAACAUAAAAUACUCUGUAUCUGGGAUAUAUCAAGAUUUGGUGGAAAAGUUGAGCAUAUCGUUCAAGUUUUUACGUUGGGAGAAAAUGAAUGGAGGAGGAUAGAUGAGUUACCACCGGUUAAGCCAUUUAGAGAAGAGGUUUACGCAAACGGCUCAAUUUACCGGAGGAAUUGUGGCCAUAAAUUCUGCCAACCGCCGGAUGUUGAAGUCAUUUUGGCAUUUGACGUCGGAACUGAAAAGUUUAGGGUGAUUCAAAUCCCAGACGUUAUUUUUAGCUCUCAUAGGAAUCCAGAAGUAAGUGGGCGGGCCGAGUAUCUCCUAGAAGUAGAUGGACACAUAGCUCUCAUUGAUAGGUUAGAUAAGAAUGUGGUGAAGUUGUGGAGAUCAUAUGAUGACUACAGACUGAAGACUGAGGUGACAUGGUUGGGACAAACCUUUAUACUUCAUUUGGAAUGCUCAAUUAGAGAGCUUUUUUAUUUUCAUGUGGUUCAAGGAACAAGACAGAUUAUCAUCAAACCUUGGGAAGCCAGGGAUUUCGUAACUCUAUACAUAUAUGACAUAGAUACGAACACCUUUCGAGACAUCAAAAUAUCUGAUUUAUCACCGUCAUUUAUCUAUGGCAUGUUCACAACCCCUGAGACUCUUUUGCCUGUUCAGAAGAUAAAAAAAUUUGAUGGUGCUAGUUAA